AUGUUUCCAUCCACUAUCCGUAAUCCCAACACAUUCUCUUUCGAAGUUUUUCUUGUCCUCCUUCUCAUUUUUUCCAAUUCUCAAACCGAUUCCCAUCCAGAACCGCGGGGGGUUGAUCAUUGCGCAUUCGCCUACGAAAACCGUUUUUACGUAUUCGGUGGUGGUGUGGCGAACAAUGGUAACAAUUCCGACUUUAGUUACAUCAAUACGCCCUUUAAUGUAUCAGAACCCGCCCAAUGGAAUUCUCUGCCAAUAUCUAAGGUUGUCGAUCAACCAGCAUGCUCUGUUACAUCUAAUGGUAUCCUGUACGUAACCGGCGGAACAGUCCCACACGAUAAUAAAUAUGCCGGAAUCCAAUCGUUUGAUUUGAAAAAAGACACUUUGGGCUCUUGGUAUACGCCAAACACCAAGGGAUUAAAUACGAGCCAACAUUUGUCGCGACGUGGUCACAAGUCUAUUGUUGUACAAACGUCAGAAGGCGAAGAAGUAUUGUUUAUCUUUGGAGGGUCCGAGUCGAAUGAUGCGUUUAUUCUAAAUGUAAAGAGUUCAAUUUGGGAGACUAUAACUGAAGGGCCUGACGCUCCACCACCCAUGGACAUAUUCGCCAUGACUUUCUCUAAAGAUAACAUUUAUAUAAUUGGUCCUCUCACGUCUGGCAAGAACCUGUGGGCAUUUCACAUUCCAAAAAAGAUCUGGUUUAAUCCGCAGACUACCGUAAAUAUUCCUGUAAAUGCCCGCGUUGAGUAUGCAGGAAAACUUAACGAUACGAUUUACUUGAUGGAUUCGGGUGAUUCGUCAUCAAUGUGGAAAUGGAAUUUGGUUGAUAAUAGCACAACAUUCUUUACGCCACCGGACUAUACUGAAGCUGGCUUUCAUUAUGCGUUGGCACAAUUGCCCGGCAGCGAUGUUUUUAUUACCUAUGGCGGAAAAACCGGCUCCAAAGCAACUGAUAGUUUAGCCGCAUUCAACAUGACCCAAAAUGCUUGGGUUACUCAAGUCAACAAAAUCACCAAUAUACCUAACGAUCAGUACCGUGGUGGACUUCUUGCACCUGGUCAGGAAGACCCAUUCUCCAAACCACCGCAAAAAUCUACUAUUAAUACAGGAAAUAAAACAGAUCCGACGAAAAUUGGACUAGUUGAUAUAUUGUGUACAGUAGAAAGUGUAAUACUAAUAAUGCUAUUUAUAGUAAUCAUAGUUUUGGCCUGGCGUUCGUAUAGACGGAGGAAAGAUAGGAAAGAGGCGGAGGCGGAGGAGCUGACAAUAGUUGAUACUUGUGAAGUUUUUGGAAACAACGCUAAAAUUUGUUCACAAAGGGAAGACAUUGAAACGGGUUGUCAUCGAGUCAGUGAACAGACCUAUCGACCGCCCAAUAUUGAAGCGUCCGUAAAAUGUAACUCAAUUUCAUCAAACACCACUGUCCGCACCUCAAACCAUACGGUGAAACUGAACUCUACUCCCUCUACUCCAUCAUCACUUUUAAACGAGCUCCGUAUUCUAUCUGAAAUGGCAAUGACAACUACAUUCGAAUCUUCAUCUAGCUCUUUAGUUUCUCCAUCAGCUCCAGAGGGUACUAUUCUAUUUGAUCGAUACAAGCUCGAGGGAAAACCAAAAUUCGAUGUCAGCGAAUCCGUUCGUUAUGCAGAGGACGUGACUGUGAGCGAAGCCGUAGCGGUAAAGUUUUUCUCAGACUACGAUUCAUUCAAUCGCGAGGUUACAAUGUUAAAGUUUCUUCGAUCGAAAUUUGUUGGUGCAUUGCGCGAUGCAUUCCAUGUCCCCGAUGCUGCUGUUUGGAAGUAUGCUAUGACUAUGGACUAUUAUUCUAUGAGCUUGGAUGUCUUUAUCCAUAGCAGAAAGAAUCGUUUGGACGAUUUGUACAUGAGAAUGGUGGUAAAGUCAAUAGCACAAGCUAUACAGUAUGUUCAUAACCACGAAAUAGUUCAUCUUGACAUUCAUCCGGGAAACUUUGUACACGAGGUUUAUGACGUGAACAAGUGGAGAUUGAUUGAUUUCGAGUCGGCGAGGGUCGAUGGAAAAGAAGAUGUUGGUAGCAGCACGUUACGAUAUGCUCCGCCCGAACUAGUCAAAGCCGGUACAUGUGGUACUAAUAUUAAAGCAGAUACAUCGAUGGACAUGUGGUCAUUUGGGUGUACGAUAUAUGAAUUGUGUACUGGAAGUCCUCUAUUCUUAGACGAUAAUGAGGCGACGGCUAGAUUAUUGGACGCGUAUGAUACGCAACACUUUGAAUUUCCCAUUAAAAAGGUACCCGACGUUCAAGCGCAGCACAUACUCGAGAACUUGUUGGUCGUUAAUCCUAUGAAGAGAGUUUCGGUUGAGGAAAUUUUAAAAGGAGCAUAUUUGACUGGUGGUGCUGAUAACACUCAGAUAUACAAUAUGCAGUCAGAAUCCACCGAGAGAAUUAUUAAUAGCCUGAAUAAGAAUACAAGUGUUGUUUUUUCUGUACAAGAGGCUAUUAAUAUAAUCGGGAAUAGUAUAUCUGAUACCAGAGACGCGAUCGUGCCCCGAUUGUUUAUGUUGUUGUCAGAGAAAAAGGCUCACACAGUUUUCAAACCAAAAACGUGGGGAAAGAAUACAUUCGUACUUCAUCUUCUUUGCGAAGGUUACGCUUCUGAUAACAGUGAAGCCCAUUUUACCGACCAUCCUGGCUACAUGAUAUAUAAUGCGAGGCCGUUUCUUGCCAAGGCCGGCCCAUACCUUUCUAUCUUGGUCGAUCUUAUAGGCUCGGCUGCCGGUUUCUUUACAGGACUGCAAUUGCCGGAUAGAUUAACAGACGCGAUCUUCAAUAUAAGAUCCUGCCCUGUAGAUUACUUCAAAAAAAUAGACGAAACUGAUGGGGAUUCACUUAAUAAGAUGAAAUAUGCGCAGGGCCCUGCAUUGCGUGAACUUGAAGCGUUCUUAUCUGAAAACGAUCCUUUGCGCGAGUAUGGUGGAUUGCACCGUAUUACCAUGAGUGAUGGACGGUGGAGAUGGGUUUGUAAUAGUUGCAGAGAAAGGGCGUAUCAUUCGCAUGGGAAUCACGGAUGCUAG